CUCUGUGUUAUAUUGUGUUGGCUUAUAACAGAAUUUGUCAACGUAAAGCAACCUACAACAUCCAGAGAGCCAUAUGGCAACCAACGACCACCCCCAAAUAUCGAUUAAAACUGCUGACUACAAAGUUAUCGUGGUUUUGAUGAACACUAUUCGAAGUUUGCUGAAUAUGAAUGAUAAGUAACAGAAGAGAAGACACAGUGAGGGCAAAAAGGAAACGAAAGUGGGGCUAUGAAUUCGUCGAAGACCGAGUUACAGUUUUCGUACAACAGAGAAACGGCCCGGCGUACUAGACGUCAGUAAUGAAUAUCACCCUGCAAAGUGGUGUCAGUGCAUGUGGCAGCCAAAUACAAUAGUUCAGAAAUAGUCAUUCAACCAGAAAGCUGAAGCGCACAAACAGUAACUCUGCACUUCAAGUUGGGCAAAUCAAAUUGAGAUUUGGCUUUGCAUGCCGGAGCGCACAUGAUAAAACUUCUCCCCGGACUGUGGCAAGCCACGGACGGCCGUGGUACUCUGAUUUGCAUGCCUAAUUACCUAAUCUAUCAGAGAAUCUGGAUGGACCGAACGGUAUAAGCUCCCAAUGUGGCAAGCUGACGGAGAGACGACCAUGACGAGCCCCUCCGAGCCCCAGGCCGCACCGGCACCGGCCGGUGACGGUGACGGUGCGGAUCCUCGUACGUCAAACACGGGUGUUAACCAGCGCAGGAAGGACCCUUACCGUCACAUCUUGCCACAAAAGAUGUCCUUCCACACCACCGGCGUCUUGGCUACCUUCCUGCGGCCACCGAGUGGCUCAGGCCGACGGACUGCUUCCGUCGCGCCGAGUGACGAUCCGGCAUUAACAAAAACUGGGACUCCCAAGAGAGGAAAGAGGAAAUCUUCCAUCCUCGUCCAGAAUGACCUCCUUCGACGGAUUGCUCCCUCCUCUGCGAGUAAUAAUCACAUCUCUUUUAAGCCGGGAAAGCGGGGGUCAUCAACGUUACAAGGGCAUGAUUUAAAGAUGAACUUCAGUAGGACUGCCGGUAAUGACACUGACCAGUAUAACGCGGAUGGCUAUGCGGCUCUGCACAUGGCGGCUCAGAGCAACCACAUAGGGUGGAUGAAGGAAAUCCUACAGAGUGGUGCAAAUGUGGACCUUCCUGCAGGCAACACAGGCUUCACCCCCCUCCACCUUGCUGCCCGAUACCGAUGCUUAGAAGCCGUCGCACUGCUGCUGAAGAGUGACGCAAGCUGCAAUGCAUCCACCCACCUAGGCCAGAGGCCUAUCCACCUAGCUGCACGGAGGGGUCACGUUGCCAUUGUCAGGGUUUUAUUAGAAAAUGAUAAAGAUCAGGUGAAGGCCGUUGACAAGGAUCUGAUGACUCCCCUACACAUGGCCGCAAUCAACGGGGACGUAGAUGUCUGCCAACUGCUGAUUGAUUCCGGUGUUGAUAUUAGAGCCAGAGAUGUGAGUAACAUGACAGCGUUAAUGAUGGCGUGUGCAACGGGACAUCAAACCUUCAUCCAGUGUUUGCUACAGUCAGCAUCGCAGCAAGGUUUAAAGUCGCAGGAUUUGCUGAUGGAUACAGACAACGAAAUGAAAACUGUGCUGCACAUUGCUGUCAGUAAUGGCUACCUAGAGUUGGCAAGAUUUCUUGUGGAUAGCGGGGCCGAUGUGAACGCACAGAAUGAACUGGGCCAAACACCCCUACAUCUCACAGCAGUGGUCGGCAACACGGAUAUGGCCGAGUUGUUGCUAGAUUUUGGAGCUAGUAUCAAGAAAGGGGACAAUGACCUCAUGACACCUCUACACAGAGCUGCAAUGUACAACCGCCUUUCCAUGGUUCAACUGCUGCUAGACAAAGGAGCUAACAUCAACGCCCGGGAAAAGGAUGAUUUCACCCCACUACUGUGUGCCUGUUGGCGUGGCCAUGGCGAGAUUGUCAACCUUCUGAUCCGGCGAGGAGCGAACCUGCGACUGCAUGACCAUGAGCAGAAGACCUGCCUGCACUGGUCUGUUGAGAUGGGACACGUGGAGAUAGUCAAGUCACUGUUUGAGGCCGGAGGGCCGCUUAUGUUAGGGUUUCAGGACAGGACGGACCAAACGGUGCUCCACUACGCUGCUGAGAUUGCUAACGUAGAACUUUUGAAUUUGCUGCUUGACAAGGGUGCUAAGGCAGACACCAGAGACAUUGAUGAGAAGACGCCUCUUCACAUUGCCUCACAGUUUGGCCAUCUCGCCUGUGUUGAGAUCCUCUUGAAACACUGCCCCAAUCUUCUGAAUGCGGAUGAUGUCGACGGCAUGACACCACUCUUGCUUGCCAGUCAUAACGGUCAUCCUAACAUCGUCCGAUUUCUGCUGGACACUGGCGCUGAUAUUGCAAGCAAAAAUGAUGAAUGGAGGACAGCUUUAGCCCUGGCUGUUAGUAGGAACCACGUGAGCAAUGUGUCUGUCCUGAUUGAACACAACGCAGAUAUCAACGCAGUGGACAGACAAAAGAACACCCCCUUGCAUCUAGCGUGUAACGCCGGUCACCAUCCCGUCGCUCAACUUCUCCUAGCAGCCGGGGCUGACGUGACUUACUGCAACACCGUGGGGCUGUACCCCUUGGACUUGGCCAUCCAGAGACAGCAUACAGGGAUCGCUAAGGCUAUUCUCACUAGCAGAAAUUGGGAGUCGGCUCUAAGCAACCAUAGUGAUGAUGGCGUGCCACCCAUGAAGAAGUUAAUCAAGGAUAUGCCGGAUGCCGCACUGCUGGUUCUAGACCACUGCGUCAAGAAAUCACACAGCGAUCCACACCAUCCAGAUUUAGAGAUUACCUAUGACUACAGCUACAUUGAUUCUGGGCCAGAUAACCACCUCAGCAAAGCAAGCAAUGUCAGUGGUGAAAACAAGAGGUUCUUUGGUGUGGAGACAAUGGUGAAGUACAAACGUGAGAAACUGCUCAGCCAUGAACUAUCUCAGAGCAUCCUGUCCAGGAAAUGGUCCACAUUUGCCGGAGUAAUCUACAUGUUAGAUUUCCUGUUGUACCUCAUCUAUCUUGGCUGUAUGGUCCACUACACAAGUUCCAGUCAGCUGAUCACGUCGGAGUCACAGCUGGAUAGUAAGGGAUGCGUGGAAGUACAACCUAACGAUACUGCGUAUAUCUAUAAUGAGGAGGGCGUUGUCAUCCGAGUUGCAGAUCCCUGGUUGUGGGUUACUCAGAGUGGGAUACAGAUUUAUUGCCUACUUCUACUCCUGGUCAAGUUGGUCCAUAUUUUACAAAUGCGAUUUGCCUUCUUUCUGGACGUUACAAACUACGUGGUGGUCACACUCUGUGCGAGUUCUCUUGUGUUUGUCUAUCCACCCUUCUACCCACCUUGCGCGCUGCAAUGGAACUCUGGGGCCAUCGCCAACUUCCUAGCUGGAAUCCACUUCAUCCUCUAUAUACAACCAAUAAAGUACUUUGGGAUCUAUGUUGGAAUGUUCUUAACUACAUCCAAGUCUCUGUUGAGGGCUAUGACGGUGUACGUGUUCUUCUUCUUUGCCUUCGGCAUGGGUUUUUUCAUUUGUCUUUCACGCUUGGAUGCCUUCCGAACUCCAGGUGAUGCACUCUUGACGACCUUAGUCAUGACUUUGGGCGAAAUCAGCAAGGCAGACAUUUUUGACGGCGGCGUGUCCCUUGUUCCCUUCCAAAAUUGCUCCUAUUUUCUCUUCCUGUUGUUCCUUUUCAUGAUGCCCAUGGUACUCACAAAUCUGACGAUUGGUAUAGCAGUGGGCGAUAUCAAAGCUAUAUUCAAGUCUGCUUAUCUCAAACAGCAGCAGAUAGUGAUUGACUUGAUUUUGGGAUACGAGACUAAACUGCCCAGGUUUUUGCAGCGAAGAAUUUACAAGUCCAAAGUGACAGUUAAGCCGAAUAAACAAACAAAAGAGACGUGGAAAAAGCUCAAGCGGUUUCUGUUCGGGAAUGCCUACAGCACAUUUUUCACAAAGGAUCAAGGAUCCAAAGCCAGUAAGCCAUCAAUGAAAGAGAUUGUCAACGAACUACGGCACAAUCAAAGAAAGAUUCUAAUGCAAGAUGUGGUUCUCAAGCGACACACAGACACCUUGCGGAGAAUCGCCGACAACUUUGGCAUCAGUAAUGAGCUGGGGGAAUUAUCCACAUUCCAAGAGACAAUGUCUGGUCUCCACUCAGAUUGAUAAUCAGCAGGAGCGUGGCUUUUGCACAAAAAUAAUGCAUUUGUUUGCAGUGUUUGUGUACUAUAUGACACAAAAAUUAGUGGUGUCAUGUGGUAUUUAAUGGGUAAUUGGGAUUUGUUUUUCUUUACUGUGAACAUGUAUAUUGUUUGUGUAUAUUGCUCCCUGUCCAUAUUGAAUACUCUGAAAUGCCUUUAUUUUUCUCAUGAAAACUUAUAUUUUAAAGAAUUUUAUAGUGCAACUGCUGUUUGAAGUUAACCUUAAUACUGUCUUGAGUUUUGUAUAUUUGCUUGUGCAUUCACACAGAUUUUUAUUUUUGUACAAUUUUUUUUUGUUAUGAUUAAUAGAAUAAUCUACAUCAUACGUCGUUUAUAUUACACCACAAAAAAAGUGUUAUUGCAAUAGUUACACAAAUACUUUAUUCUGUUCACAGCUGUGAUACCUCAGAAAUACUGUAUAUAAGAUUGGUUAAAGGUUGACACGGGUGGGCAUGGGGGAGGUUCCAAUCAGGGUUGCAGUCAAGCCGUCUCAAGUUACUGACAAGUCACCCAGUUUCUAGUCAAAUGAGAAGCUGUACAAUGAAAUGCGGAAAUGACAUUCUCAACUUCUUAUUUGACCUCUGAUAAACUUGUGGUUGACUUGACUACAACUUUGACUCAAACACUCUCUCCUUAGAUUGCUUACAAAGAUAGCCUUGAGCUUCCUUGAAUACUUGACAGAUUGUUCAAUCCACAAAAAUGCUUGACCAUUCAAAAGCAACAUAUGUGGGCUAUUCUUUUAACAAAAGACAUUUCCACUGAAAAAAAUAAUAUAUAAUCGGUCAGCAAUCAGCUGUAUUAGCCAAACAAAAUGUGUACAUCUUUUCUCUGAAAAAAAACAACCACAUACAUUCUGCAUUUGUGUAGUUGACGACUUCUGCAUUUCAUUGAUUAAAAAUCAUGUACAUGUUUUCAAAUUGCAGAAAACGUCAUUUAACCUAUUUUAUACACUUUUAUGUAUAUUCGUUUUGCUCCUGUAUUUUUACCUCGAGUGGGCAUGCUUGCAAAAAUAUAAAUCAUAAUUAGGUCGUCUAAAAUCAAGAAUUUUCAGCUCAGGAAUUUCUAGUUCAGGAGGCAUUAUAUCUUUUAUACAUGUUAAGCAAUAUAUAUAAAAAUGACAUGUUUAUCUCAUGUUGUACUUUUCAAACUUUGUGCGUAUGAUUCAGCAAUUACGUAUUAAAUGCCCUUUGUUUUCAAUAAAUGGUGCUGACUGCUGACAGCCAAGAGUAAUGUUAAUCUCUGACCGUAGCUUGGAUCAAUGUUUACAUCUUAGUUAACUCUGCCUACUGAGAUCUGUUUUGGUAAUAACACAGCUUCAUAUUUAUAUCAGAAAUUCUUAGUGACUUUUGUGUCACUGGCCACCUUCUUAUGUCGUUGACAUUCCACUGCAAAUUAUCGUGUUUGAAAUGUGAAGAAGAAAAAAAAUCCUUUACAACAUUGGGGAGAUUGAAUGGGUUUUGCACAGAGUAGGUAUUGUUUGUCUCAAUCCAAUGUGGCUGAUGAGGCCAGUGUUUAUCUCCAGUUCCUUAGCACGGAGCCAAA